GACCGAGCUCUUCCCAACAGCAGAGAAGAAGGCGCAUGGAUCGCUCGCGUGGACAGUUGCCACUGAAUCUUGCUGACUUUGCAGAGGAGGAGCCAGAAGCUUAGCCGCCAUCAAGCUUGCCGACACAGGGGAAGACGGUUGCUAUGUUAUAAUGUACAUGUAGCUGUGCCACCUAACAGAGUAUCCAGAUAGCAACUUUUGCACUAGACUCUCUGGGGGUCAUCAUUCUGUCCAGAAGCAGCCAACAGGACUCCCGUGCUUUUGCAAUAAAUCUUCCUAGCCAGUUAUUACCUUGGCACGGAAGCACCGGUACCGGUACAGCCAGUCUAAUCUACAGCAAGACAUUGUCCUGUUCAUCAGGCAGUCCAAUUCUUGGAUUUCGUUGCCGCUUCCGCUUGCUUCAGUGCUGGGAACACUGUAGGUCCCUUCACAACGACACAGUGCCAGAAACAUCCAUGAUGCAAAAAGUCGUCAGACACAUCUUGCGAGUACUAGUGCUGUACUAGGAUUCCUGACGAUGAGGAUACAUGUGCCGCCAAUCCGGAGAAAGGCCAAUGUGACAACCAUCUGAAUCCAGAUCCUGAUGCGAGAUGACGUGAGGCGUGAUGGCUAGAUCACCGCACCAUCCAUACAACAUACUGUACCAUACACUGUCACUUGACUCUGACUCGGUGCUUGGAGCUUUGAGGAUCAACGGUACCCAUACGUGUGUACCGUAAUACAGUUGCCAAAGUGGUACCGGUACCGGUACUUAGCCGAUGAGUUUCUCCGAGUGGCUCAAUGCGGAAGGCUGGUGAGAACAGCAGGUGACCUUUUGGAGCAUUACGCUUUAAAUGGAUGAGUUUUGCUGGCCAUCUCAAAACGGUACUGCGCUAAAUCCUAAUCAGACAGGUUGUCUGGUUCGUCACUGGAGAUGACAAAUAGUUAAUGUAGAUGACCUAAUGACCCUUCCAGGUAGGUGAAGUCGGUGGGCUUCCAAAAGACAGCCACAAAAUCUUUUUCGUCUAAGCACACAUCAAUUUCGAUUGAGUGUCAGUCAUCGUAGAAACACAGCCACCAGACAGACCAUCACCCCCAGUUUUUUCAUUGUUUUCUCAUGAAGGCCAUGGCAGCAGCGGCGGCAGCAGUAGCAGCAUCAGGAGACGAUCUUGACCUGUCGAACCACGAAGAACCUGAAGAGACCAGCAUGUCCUCUCAAGGACUGGAUGUUUCCAGUUCCAAGGAAGACUCUGAUGAUGACUCUCACUCGUCCGAUGACGUAUCGAUCGAUCUCAAGACGGCCAAGGAUGAUCCCCCCGUCAAGCUGAAAACAUCGCUCAAGUCGUCCGAUGACGACUCUGUGGACCCCGCCGUCAAUUUCAAGGCGAAAAAAUCCGUGUCGAUCGACAUGGAAGCCAGUAUGAUGGGCGCCAGCAGCAAAAAGAGGACUACCAACCGAAGAGCGCAUCUCGUCCGUACCAACUCGAACGUGUCUGUCAUCUCGGCAUCCACGUCCCUUCCCGAGAGCAUCGCGUACCGUGUCACGGUGAGUUGGGACCUGGUCAAGGGUCACACGGAAGAAGUUGGAGUCGACUUUUUCUUGCGCCUCUUUGACGAGCAUCCUCAGACCAUGGGGCUCUUUAAAUUUGGCGGUGUUUUGGACAAAGAACAGCAAAAGGGAGACAAAGGAAGCGUUCCCCGAUCUUUGGCUAUCCAUGCCAAGACAGUCAUGGAAACCGUCGGUGUCUGCGUGGCUGGGUUGUCCCACUUGCCUGAUCUCAUUCCCACACUACGGUCGCUCGGAAAGAUGCACGGGUCCAUUGGUGUACAAGCCUUUCAUUACGAUGCCGUCUACAAGCACCUCAUGGAAGCAAUUGCAGAACAUGUUGGGCCCGAGAAUUUUGACGAAGACACUCGUGCUGCCUGGGAGAUUGUCUACCGAUCUCUCACGCAAGUCAUGAAAAAUCCCAAUAAUGUUCUUCAGAUGGAACCGUUGGAAGGAUGGGGAACCGUCGCCACUGCGGCCUGUGGUUACCUCACCAUUGUGACGCCCCUUCAAUUGACUGCAUUGACUGCCAGCAAUCGUCGCUUGGACUUUUUGGCCCAUGUGUUUACGGCCAUUGCGGCCAUCAUUUUGGCCAUUGACAUGAGCAGUCAUUGGAUUGCCAAUCAAGUUCGUCCCAAGGGGUACGCUCCGGACCUGUCCAAACGAAGCAAACUCCGUCAAACAUUGGACCACAUGCUAUUCCCCAUCAAGUAUCGCACCAUUCGUUUCUUGCGCGCGCUGCAAAUGGAUCGCUGGGUACAGUGGCAAAAAAUGGAAGCCAUUGUGUUGCUCAGUUUCCCACUCCAAUACGCUGGGCACUUUUUGUUGGGCACUGUGGGCUCUGCAGCGGUCGGUGUUCACUGGACAUAUGCCUUUGGGUUGCUACGCCUCGUGGCGGCGACUCGCGUCUUUCAUGCAGCCACUUGUGCCGAAAACAACUAUCUGUUGCGCAAACGACACAUUGACAAUGAAGAGUUGGCGGCUAUUCGAAUGGCAAAAUUGGUCACGACAAUGUUGCUGGUCAUCCACAUCAACGCUUGCUUGUGGUGUCUGGUCGCUCGAAUGGAAAUGGGUAACGUCGUUGCCGCAACUCCCUUCUUUCCCAAGGCUCAUGAAAUUUAUGGAGCCCCAGGGGUCAAACAACUCUCGGUUCUCAAUGCUUAUUUGCACGCCGUGCAUUGGGCAUGGGUCAACUUGGCAGGAAUCGGGGACGUCGAGUCGACUCCCGAAACCACUUUGGAAUGUCUGUCCACGUUGUUUGUUCACAUGUGUGGAGCCACACUCUACACCAUUACAACAGGUAACGUCGUCAACAUCUUGGAGGGCAUGUCAGCAAAGCGCAAUGAGACGGGAGGUGAUUUGGCAGAACUUGGUCAUUUCAUGCAGAACUGCCAUGUCCCCGAAGAUAUCCAAAAGCGCAUCUUGGAGGGCUACAUGAUGAAGAAGUUGAUUGGAGGCAAAGGAACUGGAAACACUAUCUUGUCUGAAGACACCCGUGCACCCAAGAGUCCCGACGCAGUCACCCGUCUACCCCGCCACUUGGAGUCGGAGGUGUCCAUGUACUAUCGAGCCGAGGCAAUUCGUCGUCGAGAUUCCGCCUUUUCCUACUGCAGUCACGAGUUCUUGGUAUCGUUUGUGUCUGCCUUGACACGGCCCAAGAUUGUUUUGCCAGAAGAAGACUACGUGAAGGAGGGUCAGGAGCUCCCGCCGCGGGUUGCCUUGAUCGUAGAGGGUCGAAUGAAAGUGUUUGUGGAAGGAGAAUGCGUUCGGUACCUGGAAGCAGGUGAUCUCAUUGGCAAACAUCGCCUCUUUAUGGACUCGGAAGAUUCGCACAUGGAAAAAGUCGGUUUGCGUGCCGAUACAACCUGCACACUCAUGUCAGGGCUAGUGGCACGCAGCGAUAUCAUGAAUCUCAAGAAACGAUAUGCACGUGAUUUUAACCUUCUCAAAGCCUACCGCCAUGGAACCGCACAGCCAAUGAGCGACUUGUCCGGUAUUGAUUUGUCAGCAUCUGGCCGACGUUCCUCGUUCAGUAACUCCUUUUCUGGAUUGGCUCGAGGAUCCGUUCUGAUGGCUGGAAGUAGUCGACGUUCGUCCAUCACGCAAGGAUAAAAGCAGACGUCAAUAGCGAGCGAGAAACAGUUGCCAGAACACUGCUGGAGUUUUGCGUCCUUGCAAUUUGGAAGCACAAGGAACGCUCAAGGUUCACAUUAUAAAAUGCUGUAGUGUUACAUCAAUCGAUCUGCACGCGCUGUCUCUCGAACAUCUGGGCGGGAGGUUUCAUGACAGCAACUCAAGUAGGCUAGCCACGAUAUCUAUGAACGAAUAUGUAACGAUGAGACAGUUGCCAAUCUUUCCGCCCGAGACUACUAUACCCUGCUGAAGGCCUCCUUCAGGCAAGAUGGGCUGAGGCAGGGAGUGAGUUGGAGAUGUCUCACUGCAGCCAGCAAGAAGCAAUAUUAAAAAUGAAGCCCUACCUGCUCACAGCGAGGUGACAACCACAUUGACAAGGACCAAGAAACAAGUACCCAGAUUACUUUCCCUGCGCAAGUGCGAUUCGCAACCCUCAUGGAAUUUGCAACUGUUUUUGUGAUCUUGAUGGCACAUGUCCUUGUGAUGUUGGGUGUAAGUCCAGAUUGGAUCCAUCCGUGCCUGGCAAGCAGCAACAUCUUGGUAAGUCGCGGUGAAAAUGCAAGACACAAACAUCAAAUUUAAUCCAUCCUUCUGGUCAAUGGUGAACUACUAGUACAGUAUUAUCAGCCAUAAAGAUUGGAAAUGAAAUCCUGCAGGUUUGAGCUUGGGGGGGGGGGGGGCUGUUUGGUGAAUGGUGUCGAGGAUGCCCACCUCCCCAAGAAGAUGAGGCUCUAUUGUAGAAAGGAGGAAUGGAGACUGAUAAGAAGCAUGCCUUCAAGAUACAGAUGGAAGGUUCUGAAAGCAACCAGCUAAGGACCUUCAAGGAUUGGGUACGGUAUCCAUCGAUCUCACACUGGAACCUCAGAGAGCCUGGUGGGUGAAGAGUUCACGGGGCGGAUGCUUGCACGUGAUGGCAAGACGCUCCUGGAAGACCCAAUGAAUAUGGAAAUGAGUGGCAGACACCCAACCUCUUUGACACAGUCCAAGCCCCCCCUCAUCAGCAUGCCGAUCCGAUGGGCAAACCUGCAGAAUGCCAGCACUAAAAGAUUCCUGCAAGCAGAGGCGCCAAGGUCAGAGCAGUACGAGGGAAGCUGCGGAGCUUGUAGCGCCCAUUUCAGCAAUGAUGUACAGCCUAUGGAUAUGUGUGGGUAUGAUGUCCUGGCCAGCGGUGACCUGGAGAUGGCUCAGACCGGAGAGUUCUGAAUCCGGCUGGCUGGCUAGCUACCUGGUACUCGAGUAGUGGGAGCUCUAGCUAGCUAGAUCUAGUGGGAUGCUUUUGACACAAAGAGGACUCAAGAGGAUGGACGUGAAGCAACACGCGCAUGCAGCGAUAGCUGUAAAAGGUUCUUCACCCCUCCUCUAGCUUGGUUCCAUAUAUCCGCAGUGCCCAACCACCAAUUGUUUAGCUAACUGGUGGCUCGUUUCUGGAUGGUGGAUGGUGGAUGGUGGAUGGUGGAUGGUGGAUGGGCAGGGACUUCCUUCUACUAGCUAGACUACAGUCAGUUAGUUCUAGCCACGUUCCAGUCCCAACUCGAACUGUUGCUUCCGAGUGACGAGCGAGCUCUUGCAGCUCCGUUUGCCAGCAUCGUCGAUGUGGAAGGAACUGUUGGGGAGCAUUUCACGUAACAUAGGCACCAACUCAACUCCUCACCUUGCUGCAGUGGCUCUAUCAUACCGGUACAUGAAGCUACAUGUACCGGUACCAGGUACGAUGUAGCUGCCGGUACCGGUAUCGUACUCGAGGAGUACUGCUACUAGCUAGCUAGUAGUAGAUCAUAAUAAUAUGUAAUAUUAUGUUGGUGGCGGGUGUGG